AUGGCCAGCACGGUCAAAGUCGCAGUUACCCAGCACGAGCCUAUAUGGCUUGAUCUUGCUGCCACAUUGGAUAAGACGUAUCAGCUGAUUGAGGAAGCAGCAAGCAAUGGAGCGAAGCUGGUUGUGUUUCCCGAGUGCUGGAUCCCCGGGUAUCCAGCUUGGAUAUGGGCGCGCCCACUCGAUCCGCAACUAGCAUCGCAGUAUAUCAAGAACUCUCUCUCGUACGAAUCCCAGGAAAUCGGCAAGAUCUGUUCAGCAGCAAAAACGUCCAAUAUCGCCGUCGUCCUUGGCUUCUCUGAAAAUGACAAUUACAGCCUUUAUAUUUCUCAGUGCAUUAUAUCUUCAGGCGGUGAGAUUAUAAUGAAGCGCCGAAAACUUAAGCCGACACACAUGGAGCGCACUGUCUUUGGCGACGGGGGCGGGCCUAGCCUGAACAACGUUGUCGACGUUGAAGGCGUAGGUAAAGUUGGGGCGUUGGCUUGCUGGGAGCACACACAACCGUUGUUGAAAUACCACACAAUCAGCUUGAGGGAGCAGAUACAUACUGCAGCAUGGCCUCCAAUCCAUCAAUUCGUCGAGGGAAGCGAAGGGCUAUUCAGUAUGAGUGCGGAAGGCUGCGCAGCGCUGUCUCAAGCGUAUGCGAUGGAGUCCUCGGCCUUUGUUCUGCACUGUACCACGGUCAUGACAUCGGCGGGCAUUUCUGCGCAUCGUUCGGAAGGCAAUCCGGUAAUGGGGCACGUUGGUGGUGGCCAUUCUGCAGUAUAUGGUCCGGAUGGUAGACGGCUCACUAAGUCGUUGCCGCCUGAUCAGGAAGGCUUCAUCUAUGCAGAUCUACCGAUGGAUAUGCUAGUCAGCAUGAGACACUUCGCUGACCCGGUUGGGCAUUAUUCGAGACCGGAGCUACUUUGGUUAGGUGUCGAUACGAGCGAGAAGAAGCAUGUUCGAACAUAG